AAAUUACUGUGCACUGAGGACCAUGCCAUUGUACUGUAUGACGCAUUCGUUUAUUAAGCAUAUCAAAACGAAAGAUUACUUUAGCCAAUUUCUCGGCAAAACGAAUGCAGUCAGAUAAGCCAUGCGGACGGCCGCGGUGGCGUGUAGGACGCUGGCCGUGAUACCACGCGUUACAAGUCUAAAUUCACGCGUGGGCUCCUACUCGUAUCCCUGCAGUCCGCGCAGGCAUUGUUCGCGAAUCCGUAUGUUCUUAAUUGUGGCCUACGUUAUAUCAAGUUUAAUUGUCGUGAAAGGUCAACGACUUCUCACUGUAAACCCUUUUGCACGGUCUAUAACUCCCUCCAAAAUGCACCGGUACCCACAAUCUGUAUGGAAACAUUGUUACGUAUAUAGUGCGUGCCCUAAGUGUUAUAUAAAUUGGUAUCAUCCAAGGUUUGCAUCGGGCUCAACCCCUUUCAAAAUCAUACCUGUAUGGGAAUCGACCGUGCCAAUGAAUCGCAAAGGGCAAAUAUGGCCGUUUAGCGACUACCCUAUGCUGCGAGUAAAUAAGAUUAAUUUGCCUGUACAUACAGAGCGAAUGGACCAUUAUAGGCUUUUAUCACUAAUGACAUCUACAGUCUCAACCUAUCCACACAGUGCACAUUCACCGAUUAACAAUUUAUCUCAAACUACAACUUUGACGUUAGACAGCUUAAAUAAAGCAAGGGACUCUAUGAUCGCUUACCAGAAGAAUUCUGUUAAAUUUAAAAUGAGUUCUGAUAAGCCGGAAUCUUUUUUCAAUAAUACUUUCAAUGGAAGAAGAAUGAACGAUGCAAAUAGUAAAGGAGCCACAAACACAAAACCAAUAUUGCUUGGUGUCACAAACACAAAGUCAAUGUUGCUGCAAAAUAAGACUGAUCGUGAUCAUGUGCAAAAUGCUGGGAAUGCAUCCACCACCGUCCCGCCUUUGGAUGUGGCAACUACACAAUCGGUGCUAAGUUUAAUGCAAUAUCACUAUGGAACAACCUCAACCACUUUCUUUAACACGUCUUCCCACGACAGUAAUAAAUCUGGCCAAAAAAAUAAUCCAACAAAAAGAGACAUUCUUUUUAGGAUAUUCCGGAAAACACUAGAUAGAGUUGAACGUAAAUUUCUAUUGUCGGCGUUCAAUAAGUUGACCGCUAUCAGUCCAGACAAUCGGAAAGAAAAUGGAAUUAGCUUUUUACAAUCGGGGCUUUUCCUGUACCACCUGCUGAUGUCGCUGUCUAUUACAAUGGAUCAAAACGCAAUUCGAGAAAUAGAAGAGUGUAUUGGUUUAAAUAUGUCGCAAGCAGAUAAAAUCGAGAUAUUAGAACGAACAGUAUCAUGGCUUCCCAAAUCCAGCGCAGAGCUGAAAUUCAGGUGGUCGUCGCGGCUGGUGCUGCAGCGCGCGGUGUCCGGAGACGCGUUCCACAGCGCCGCCGCGCGGGCUCUGCCGCUGCGGCUGAGCUGGCUCGACGGCAACGAGACCUCGGCACAACUUACCGACACCCUUAACACUAUGGUGUUGUCUGACUCCGGAGGCAGCAUGCACGACACGUUCUCGGAGGAGGAGGUGGAGGCGGGCGUGUGCGCCGCGGCGCUGGGCACGGUGUACCUGCGCGGCACGUGGCGCGCGGCGCCCACGCUGCUCAACGACACGCUGCCCUUCCGCGACGCACCCGCCGCCCCCGACCGCUCCUCGCGCUACUUCCGCCUCAAUGACAUCAUGGCUUACUCCUACUUGCACGAAUGGGACACAGAGGCUAUAGAGAUACCGUACUCUACGCCUGGCCUCACGCUACUGAUCCUGGUGCCCAAAGAGCCGUCGCUGCGGCCGCUGGUAGAGCGCGCUGCCGCCGUGGGGCUGGAUGCCGUGGUCGGCGUUAUGCACACGAUGAGGGUAGCCGUCACACUACCGCUCUACACGUUGCGCAUGACUUUAUUGCUGCCUAAUAAACUACAAGAUAUGGGCAUGCAAAGUUUGCUAACGAAUGGCACAGACUGCCAGCCUAUCAGGCUGUCCCACGCCGUGCAGCGGCUCAUGUUCUGGGCAGAGGCUGGCCGAAACGCGUUCAAAGAUGAUGGUAUAGAAUGGGACCCGCGUCCAGAAUUGGAAAUUGUCGUAGACCGUCCAUAUCUGUUCUUCGUUCGUUGGGAUAACAUAACUAUUAUGAAUGGAGUAUUCGUACUGUGACUAGUAUUGGUCGCAGUUGCGUAGCCAAUGAGGAUCAAUG